UUCCCGCCUGGGGGAGCCGGGAGGGCGGGACGGGGGCGGAGGAUCCGAGUCUAUUUCAGCUGCCGGCCGGCGAGGCUUUGUUCAUAAUCGGAUCGAACCGGAUUUCCUUGAAGAGCUAAGUGCCGGAUCGUUCCAGGUGGCACCAUGACCUCCCCUGGUGUAACCCCCAACACGGAGCUCGACAUGAAAGAUGUGGAGCUCAACGAGAUGGAGACCGAGAAGCAGCCCAUGAACGCCUCUUCCCCGCUGGCCAGCUCACCAGGAAGCCUGGGCGAGAAGAAUGGGGUCGUGAAGGUGAAGGUGGCCGAGGAAGAGGAGGAGGAAAGCGCCAUGGUGGCCAAGUUCACUGGCCUCUCCAAGGAAGAGCUGCUCAAGGUGGCCGGCACCCCCACGUGGGUGCGCACCCGCUGGGCGCUCCUCAUCCUCUUCUGGCUGGGCUGGCUAGGCAUGCUGGCGGGGGCCGUCGUCAUCAUCGUCCAGGCCCCCCGCUGCAAGGACCUGCCCAAGCAGGAGUGGUGGCAGAAAGGCGGCAUCUACCGCAUCCAGGACGUGGCAGGGUUCCAGGACUCUGCAGAUGACAACGUGGGCGACCUGGCAGGUCUGAAGCAGCAAAUGGAUUAUUUAAGUAAACUCAAAGUGAAAGGUUUGGUGAUUGGGCCUCUCCACAUCAAUCCCGAAGACGACCAGGCCGGAACCAACCUCAAGGACAUCGACAAAAGAUUUGGGACGCUGGACGACUUCCGGGGAGUCCUGCAGGUGGCAAAGAAAAAAAGCUUGAAGGUGGUUUUGGAUCUGACCCCCAACUAUCGCAGCCAGUUGCCUUGGUUCAGCCAGGAGAUCCGUCUUAACAGCGAUUUGCAGGACAAAAUGAAGGAAGCAAUUACAUUCUGGCUGGAGGAAGGUGUCUCUGGGAUCCAGGUUGGAGGCGUGGAGCAUUUAAAUGACACCGAGAUCCUUAGUGAGUGGAAGAACCUGACGGAACAAUACAGUGUGGACGACCACACCAGGGUACUGAUUGCAGUGACACGCAGGCAGGAUGCCGAGGGCAUCUUCACCCUCCUCAACGAGACCACAGGCGUGGAUCUGCUGAGCAGCCAGUACCUCCUGGGGUUGGUGAGAGACGGCCAAGAUGACAGCACCCGAGGGGAAGCAGCCGCCAAGAUGAUACGCCAGUACAUCCAAGAAGCUGGAGACAAGUGGCCCAGCUGGAGUGUGGGAAGACCCGACAUUGGCCAGUUGGCCUCUCCAAUGGGCGAGCCUCUCCUUCGCCUCUUCCACCUGCUGCUCUACACGCUGCCAGGGACGCCCUUCACGGACUACGGAGAUGAGAUCGGGCUGCGGGACUUGCCGGGACAGCCUGCAGUCUCCAGUGUCAUUCGUAUGCAGUGGGAUAAUUCAGCAAACUUUGGCUUCUCGAAAGCAAAUCAGCAGCAGGUUAACACAGAAGCCGGCAAUGUCACUGUACAGUCACAGAACAGCGACCCGGCCUCAGUCUUGUCGUUCUUCAAGCACCUGAGCGAGCUGCGGGGGAAGGAGCGCUCCCUCCUUCACGGCGAAUACACAGAGGCCGAAACCAGCAACCCGAGUGUCUUUGCCUACCUGCGGGUCUGGGACCAGAACAAGCGCUACCUAGUGGUCCUCAACUUUGCUCCCAGGGAGCAGACCAUCUCCAUAGUGACGAACCCUCCCCUCCCAGACCAAGUCACAGUGGAGCUCAGCACGCAGCCCACGGAGGAGAAGAAACAGCUGAGUGUACGGGAACUCAGGCUGGCUCCCUCGGAAGGGCUCCUGCUCAGUUUCCCGUAUGUGGCCUAGUUUGACUUGCGUCUCCCCCAACCUGACAAGGAGGAGCAAAAGAGCAGGGUCUGUGCAACAACUGUCCUUGGAAAGAAGCAGCAUCUGAAUUCUUGAAAGGGCGCAGUUUUCACAGCAUUCUGAUCUUCCUCUCUCCUGUAUCACCUGAAUUUUUUAAACAUCUGUCUCUUCUCUCCCUCUGCUCCCCUAAUUCCUUCACUCCUUGUACAUUCCUUGACCUGCCAGUAUCUGGAAAAAAGAAACUUUUAUAGUAGGAGGGGGGAAUAUGUGGACCCUCAGGAGGUUGUUGAACUCCGACUCCCAUGAUCCUUAGCCAGGGGGUCCAGUUGUUGGGUAGGAUGGGAGUUGUAGUUCAAUAACAUCUGGAGGGCUGGGGGGUCCCUCACCCGUGGUGUAGAGCUUAAUGUCCCCACCACCACCGGAUACACAAACAUGUCAUGUGUGUGAACAGAGGAUCUGUCCAUGGAUCCAGUUUUGAUUAUCAUUUCCACAUGGUGUGUGUGCUUGUCAUUUGGCUGGGCAACUUUCUUCCUUGAGAACUGACAAGUAAAGUUAUAUGUUUUUGUCCAAACUACAUGCCCCAGCUCCUUCUAAGCCUCUGAACUUAAAACUUUGUGGAAUGAAUAUUACUGCAGGCGCAUAGUGUCUGUACAAGCCUGUCCUGUUUGUGUGCCUGUCCUGUUUGCCAAAACUAUUGUGAACUGGUAUGGAAUGAGUUUAAUAAAUUUCUCUCUGCUGA